CACCGGCGCGAGAUCAUCCUUCAGCAGCACCGUCACCCAGACGUCGCCGAUUCCGUCGAAAGCGUCGAGAACGUCGAGGGAACGAGACCACCGAGGAUCGACGCGAUCACGGUCCUUGCCGCGACAGACACGGGAUCGGGAACGGGAAGGAUCGAGAGGCAGCAGCAGACCACGCACGGGGCGGAAAUCGGCCUCGAGCUUUUCUGGCAGCGAUGCGGUACCUCCUGCAACCGGACGACGAGCAGCAGCAGCAGCACGCACGCGAUCGCAGCCAGCCAGAGUUGCGCGAGUCCAGUUCCGGGAAUCGUCGGGAUCGUCCUCGGCACCGGCUGCGGCCGCGGCUUCUUCGACAUCGUCACCGGCACCGGCGGAAGAGCUGCGCGCCGCCGAGAACCAGCGGCAAGAGGAUCGUCGGCGAGUCGGUCAGCAAGAUCGGGGACGAUCCACGGGACGAAACAAAUCGGGGGACGCUAACGUUCCCCAGCUCGUGCCCAUGCUGCUCGAUCCACCCGGUUUCACGGGACCACCACCACCCACGUCGAGUGAUCGGCGCUAUAGAGGACACGCGGAUCUCUCCUCAUCGACGAGUCCGUCCCCGACGACGGACGAACCUUCGCCGGCUGCUCGUCGCUCCGACGAUACCGAAGGGAGACCCUCGUCCAGCGAUCGUUGCCGCGACGGCGGCGGCAGCGUCGCCGUCGUCGCUGAGACCGGAAACGCCACUGCCUUUAACGUUUCUUUCGAUUCUGUUUCUCUCAGCGUGGCGAGAAACGUCGCGAGAAACGUCGUGCCGGGGAGCGACGAACGGCGACGAUCGAGGUCACGGUCCUCUCGCCGCGGACCCAAGAACACGAAGAAGAAGAAGAAGAGGAGAAGGAAUUCGUCGACGAGACGGGACGAAGAUCGAGCGGGAUCCGUGCACGAGGAAUCCACCGAGUCUCCCGGACGUGUUCCCGUCGAGAGCGUUCCUUCCGUCGACGCGUUCGCUUACACUGCCUACAACAACAACCACAACAACAACAACAACAAGAACAACAACAGCAUCAGAAGUGACAACAGCGACAACAUCAACAACGCCACGAGAGAAGCCAGAAGCGACGUCCGCGAGCCGCGUCGCGAGAUCGAACGCGUCGUUUCCGACGGGGACGCGUCGGACUUUCGUCAGGACGUCGCGCGUCGGGUGGACGGUGCACGCGGUGAGGUGUUGCGGCAAGAUCGCGAGAACGAACGUUGUUACCCGGCUGGGAGGAGUGUUCGAGCCCGUUUCCGCUGCGGGCGACCAGAGAAUUGCGAGAGCGUCUACACUGCCCGGUUCCAGGAGCCGAUUACCAAUGAAAAGCGUCCGCCCAAGGACGAUGAGCUCGCGACCAGCGGGGUGCCCGUCAAGCUGUUCGGCAACCGUGGCCGCAGUUACGGUCUGCUGUUCGUCUUGUACCUGCUUGCCUGGCCGCUCGCCUGUUCGACCAAUCCCUCCGGCCAGUUUGCCUCGAGAUUCGCCCAGAAUCCAUCCCUCGGCGCCGCCGACGAGCAACCCCGGCACAACGUCACGCAGAUUUCGUCCCUGUUGUCGUCGGGCGUGCCCUACCAGCCGCGACAGCAGUCACCGCAGCAACAGCGUCUCGACAGAGAACGAUACGUCCAGGACAGCACGGUGUCGUUGCACGAGAACGAGAACGAGAAGAAGAAGAGGAGCGAGCAUCGUCGUCAUGGGCGACGGGAUGCUCAGCAACAACAACAACAACAACAACAACAACAACAACAACAACAACAGCAACAACAACAGCAGCAGCAGAGUCGAGCGAAUGAACAACGAGAGACGAGUAGCGAAACGGAUCAUUCGUAUCAGAGUCAUCAACCGGAUCAGCCCGAGACGAUGCAUCCUUACAACGAAUACAGCUGGGAGGUGAACCAAAUAAACCCUUGGUUAUCGGCCUGCGACCUGGCGGGUCCAGCGCCGGCCGAUCUUCAGGGUAGCUGCGGUCCACCGGAGGUGCCGAAGAACUGCCCGGCCCCGUGCCCUCGACCCCCGGCGACCAGCAGGAGCAACGGGGGCGACACCGAGUUCCACGAGGUGAUCGGGAAGGUCGAGGUCGCCGGCAGGGUGGGCGGCGACGCGGCGAACGGGGACGAACGGACGACGGGACACGAGGAGGUGGGCGUACGGACCGCUCCGGAACAGUGCCUUUUUUAUCUCGAGGAGUCGCAUAAGAGGGACGUCUGUCGGGAUGAUUUUGGCCGGAGCAGUACGCGAAGUUUUUUAACCCCGAGGGAGAAUCGAUAUUGGUUCAUGAGCGGUUUGCGUCUGCGGCACUGCUGCGAGCACGCGGUGGUCAACGCCCUGGCACCCGGCAAGGGCGGCCCGCUCGAAAACGUGGUAAACGGUGGCCAGAAGUGCGCCGAUGCCCUGGACAAGCUGUUGCUCGUCGACGCGUUAGCCGCGAGGCUGCAUUGUGAAUUCGAGGAAGUGCUGGCGCGUUACGACUGCGCCCAGCCCUAUUCGGUCAUCUUCAACUGCACCCAUUGCAAGGAGGCGUAUAGAAAAUGGGUGUGCAGCUCCCUGGUGCCUUACUUUGCUCAUGGGGGACCGCUGGACUCGGACACCUCGGGAACGAGCUGGACCGGAAGCAGACUCAGGCCUUGUCGGUCCUUCUGCCAAUCUGUGGAGCAACGUUGUCCUUACUUGCUUCCCGGUGAUCGUGCCCCCGCGUACCCCACGCAAUACGCCGGCGAACCCACUUUUCUUUGCAGAGAUCCAAACAUCCCUGAAACCGGAGAGCAAGCCGCGAGAGCGUUGCACAGCAGCGACGAGGACGAAUGCUGUUUCCGGGUGUGCUCCGAGGAGAGGCCAGGAUCGGGAAUCUGCGCGAACUGCACGGAUCGGGAGCCACGGAAACGCGGCCGAAUCCACGAUCCUCCGACGGCGCCCUACUGCGAGAUUAAUCCUAUUCAACCGGCCUCCACGGGUUCCUUAGCUUACGAGGAAAAAAUCAACCUUUCACACUCCGUUGAUUCUGCUAGCAGGGUAUCUCAUAAUUAG